CGUUGUGGAGUGGUUGGCGUAAUCAGAGCUUCCGUCCUUACCUUUGCAGAAAUGGUGUCGGAGCAACCUUGUAGAUGAUGGUGCAGGCAUCACUUAUAAAGAGAUCUGUGAUAGAAAGAAGCCAAGAAAACAGCAGACAGAAUUUUUUUCAUUGUCUCUCACGGACGAGAUCUAGCGAUCCUUCCAUAUCAAUCGUAGUGGUCUGCUUUACCUGAAACCCACAAUGAAGGAAUUUUACGCUCGCAAACCACCUCGAAUAACCUGAACCAAAAUAACGAAAAAAAAACGCAGUUGCGAUAUAUAGCUUGAGCUCAGAAGCGUUUUGAAAACUUUGCUACCGCCUUUUUGGGAUUACUAUUAAGAAUACAGUCAUGUUUCGACUCAACGAAGCAUCGAAUAUGGCGCCUUCCACAUCCGUGAAUACUUUUAUGGCGAGUAAAGUUCAUGAUACCCGCCUUCCGCCAGAAGUUGAAGAAGGAAAUGUUGAGUACAAGCUUCAGCUCAUUAAUCCUCCCCCUGCUCGUCUGGAACAUCUCAUCACCCAGCUUAAAUGGCGCCUUGCAGAAGGAUAUGGUGAAGCCAUGUACGAAAUUGGGGUCUCAGAUAAGGGCACGCUUAUCGGUCUAACACAAGACGACCUCGACCGUUCUGUCGCAACGCUACGCAAGAUGGGAGAAGCUUUGCGUGCAGAUGUGUCCAUUAUACGUGAGCGGGAUGUAACAAGCCCCGGUGAAACGCCUGCACGCAAAGUAGCCGAGGUGCUAGUGCGAAAGUGUUUGACGGACGAUCAGCAUUUUCUGGAGAUCAGGGUGGCCAUAAUCGGAGGUGCCGAUGCUGGGAAGUCAACGCUCCUUGGCGUCCUGACACAUAGUGAAAACGAUAACGGCAGAGGAAAAGCACGCCUAAACCUCCUCCGUCAUCGCCACGAAAUCGAAUCUGGCCGGACGUCCUCCAUCUCCCACCAGAUCAUCGGUUUUGAUCCACACGGCGCUCUCAUUAACUACGCCUCCAAUAAUAUCCAGACGUGGGCUCAAAUCUGCGAAACCGCUUCAAAGAUUGUAACGUUCCUCGACAUGUGUGGUCAUCCAAAGUAUCAAAAGACAACCAUCAGUGGAUUGGCGGGUCAUGCGCCUGAUUAUGCCUGCUUGAUUAUUGGAGCUAACACAGGCGUCUCGGACAUUUCGAGAGAACAUUUGGCCAUUGCGGUUGUCCUCAAAGUGCCGGUCUUUGUGGUGAUUACAAAAGUGGACAUUGCAACUCCUCCUCAAUUGAAGAGGACCGUUUCGUCUUUCUUGGCAUUGUUGAAAGCCCCGGGAAUGAGAAGGGUGCCGGUUGUAAUACAAAAUCAGGACGAUUUAGUGGUCUCUGUUUCGAGCUUUUUGGAUUCAAGAGUUGUUCCAAUUUUCUUGACAUCGAGCGUGACAGGAGAAAACCUUUCCCUCCUCACCAAUUUCUUCAACUACCUGCCCAAACCUAUGAGUGACUACGAUCAACUACUGGAAGAGGAGGUGGAAUAUCAAGUCGAAGAAAUUUAUUCCGUCCCAGAUGUUGGAUGUGUCAUUGGCGGCAAACUUCUUUCAGGUCGGAUCACGACGCACCCACAUACGUCCCAACCUACAUACUACCUUGGCCCCGACCGUGGGAGCUUCAUUCCCGUUCGUAUAAACUCAAUCCACCGGCAACGCUGUCCUGUCAACCUCAUCAAAGCUGGUCAAGCUGCGUCUUGCGCCCUUACGUUCUUGUCUGACCCAAAUGCAUCUGACUCGUUCCAUGAGAAGGAUACCGUUGCGUACAACAUCACACCGCCUCCAUCAUUUCGACUCCGGAAAGGACAGGUUCUCCUCUCGACUCCACCUCCCCCUCCGGUAUGGGAAUUUGAUGCCGAUCUAAACGUUUUACAUUGUGCUUCCACCGUCGGACCGUCCUGUCAUGGUGUCAUUUACGUAGGUGCUGUCCGACAGGGCGCAAAGAUUGUAAGGAUGGAGAAUGUCGGAUCGCUCAAGACUAGCGAGUCUGCCAGGGUUAGAUUUAGAUUUGCCUAUGAACCAGAAUGGGUCGUGGUUGGCAGAACUGUUUUGUUUAGGGGUGAGGGGGGAUUAAAAUGUGUUGGGAAAAUUGCUGGCGUAAUGGUGGAGAAUGGGGAGGGAAGAUGAUGCGUUCGCCUUGAGGUUUGUUAGUUUGCUCUUUUGCAUUUUUUAUGCCAUUGAAUGCGUUGGACUUCGGGAAAACUGGCAGAUUCACAUAGACACUUUUGGAAUUGAUUCUCGCUGUAUUGAAUUCUAAUCGCUAGCGAAAUACUGAAACUGGAAUCCUCUCAUAUUUCUACUGUAAUCUAUGACGAAC